AGCGUCUGUGCGGGCCCGGGAGCGGCGGCAGCGGCCGGAGGCCGGGGAGGCGGCAUUGGCGGAGCUGGGAGGCGGCCCCGGCGCAGGGCUACAGUCAGCAGACGUGUGCAGCGCAGCCAAAAUGAUCCAGCACGUGGUUGCUGCAGUUUGCACGCUGUACUCUGUGGCGUAUUUGGGGUAUUUUUUAACCCACUUGGCACGGCACCUCAUGUGUGGAUCCCGAGCAGCUCCUCCUUCGGUGAGUGGGGAAGGAACCUUUGGUGUUUGGAAUUGUGCAGCAAGUUGUGAGCUCGGCAUGUGGCAGCCGAGUGCCAGCCUGGGAGGCAGAAGGAAAGUGAGCCACUGAGGAACAGGAGGUGGAGCUUCCUUUGUUCCAGAGUGACUCAUUAUAAGAGACCUCCGGGGAGCGCGGCGAACAGGAGCAGGCAAACAGCGUCACAGCAGUUUGGUCACAGCAGUUUGGUCACAGCAGUUUGCGCAGCAGUUCGCGCAGGCAGGGCAAGCAGGCAGGGUUGCAGGUUCUUGCUAGUUUGGUGAAGUAUUUUUUUUAUUGGUUGAUUGAUCUUGGGCUUUCUCCUAAGCAAUGGUUCUAACCCGGUCAAAAUCUGUGGUUGGUACAGGUGUAUGUGACCAAGUAAAGCCCUCCAAAAAGGAUGUGUCUGUACAGACCCAUUCCUGCCUGAAGUGUUUGAGCUUAUCAGUGGCUUCAGGGGGUGUUGUGAAGGAGGGCUGCUUACCGUGUGAACAAGUGAAUGACCUCCUCUCGCUAGUGGCCGAGCUUAGGGAGGAAGUUGAAAGAUUAAGGAGUAUCAGGGAUAGUGAAAGGGAAAUAGACUGGUGGAGUUCAGCCCUUACAUCUUUAAGGGAGGCCCACCAGGAGUCAGAAGGCUCAUAUGUCUCUCAUUCUCAGGCAAUAGAGGGGCACCUGGUAGAUGAAGGGGAGUGGAAAUGGGUCCCUGCUCGGGGUGGUAAUAACAAAAAUCCCUCCUGCCCCCCAUCCCCUAGCCAGUUGCCACUUCAGAAUAGGUAUGAGGCCCUAGAUCUAGACAGCCAGACGGAUGACUUAGAAGAAAAUUAUCUACCCAGUGAGCCUCCCAAUUAUGACUCGUCUAAAAAAUCGAUUACCACCUCUAAUGUCAAGAAAAAAAGAAGGGUAAUUGUAGUGGGUGAUUCCCUUCUGAGGGGGACAGAGGGCCCCGUAUGUCGACCUGACCCAUCCCACAGGGAGGUCUGCUGCCUCUCUGGGGCCCAGGUACGAAACAUCACUGAGAGACUUCCUAGGCUGAUUCGGUCCUCUGAUUAUUACCCACUGCUGAUACUCCAGGCUGGCAGUGAUGAGAUUGAAAAGAGGAGUGUCAAGGUGAUUAAAAGGGAGUUUAGGGCACUGGGUCAAGUGGUUGAUAGGACAGGUGUACAGGUAGUGUUCUGCUCAGUCCCAUUGGUGGCAGAGAAAAAUAAUGAAAGGAAUAGGAAAACUCAUUUCAUUAACAAAUGGCUCAAGGGUUGGUGCUAUCGGCAAAAUUUUGGAUUCUUUGAUCAUGGAGCAACCUUUAUGGCACCUGCUCUACUGGAAUCAGAUGGGAUACAUCUCUCUGUUAAGGGCAGGAGGUUUUUAGCUCAUGAACUGGCAGACCUUAUUGAGAGGGCUUUAAACUAGGUUUGAAGGGGA